AUGAUCACCAAAGCAGCCUACAUUGCUGUGACCAGUCUCUUCGCGAGCUCAGUCCAUGCUGCCCUCAGCCCAAGAGACGGCAAGGCACCAAUUGCGCGUCCUGAGAUCAAGGCAUUCCCACUUCAACCAGGCACGCCUCAUGCUGUCUCGCCUGCCCGGGAUCCGUUGAAGUACUGCUUCGUCAAGCCUAGCUGCAGCAGCGAUGAUGACGGCCCGAACAUCCUAAAGGCAUUUCAGAAGUGCAACAAUGGCGGCACCGUUGUAUUGGACGCUGACUAUACCAUCGGAUCGCCUUUGGACCUCACUUUCUUGAAUAGCGUGGACGUGGCCAUUUCCGGGACCGUCAACUUUGCUGGAGACGUUGAUUAUUGGAUCGAGCACACGUUCAAAUAUGCGUACCAAACAUCUUCUGCUAUGUGGAGAUUCGGUGGCAAGGACGUCAAUAUCUACGGCGGCGGAGUUGGGCUGAUCAAUGGCAAUGGCCAGCCGUGGUACGACAGAUUCGCUGUCAAUGCUACGCUCCUUCGUCCCAUCUUGCUGGUGAUCGAUGGCCUGAAAGGUGGAUCAGUCAGCGGGCUGAAGAUGCGGAACUCGCCCAACUGGUUCAACUUGAUUGCGAAUAGCUCCGACAUUAUUGUCAGCGACAUUGAUAUCCGUGUCGGCAGUACCAGCAGCAACCCCGCAAAGAACACCGACGGCUGGGACACAUUCCGCUCCGACUCCAUUGUUAUUCAGAACUCCGUGAUCAAUAAUGGUGAUGAUUGCGUGUCUUUCAAGCCAAAUAGCACCAACAUCGUCGUACAAGGUCUUCAAUGCAAUGGCUCGCACGGAAUCUCGGUUGGAUCUCUGGGCCAAUAUGUCUUGGAGUAUGACAUCGUCGAAAAUGUCUACGUCUACAAUAUCUCGAUGUCAAAUGCUUCCGAUGGAGCACGCAUCAAGGUGUGGCCAGGCAUUGAUACAGACUUCCAGCCUGGUCUGUCUGGUGGCGGUGGAGCUGGCUAUGUCAAGAACAUCACUUACGAUGAUCUCCACAAUACCAAUAACGAUUGGGCCAUUGAGCUUACUCAGUGCUAUGGCCAGAGCAACCAAACCCUCUGCAAUAUGUAUCCGUCAAACAUGACAAUUUCAGAUGUCGUUUUCAAGAACUUCUAUGGAACAACAUCUAAGAAAUACGACCCGAAAGUUGGAACUCUUAUUUGCAGCAGCCCUGAAGUAUGCCUGAACAUCCAAGCCCACAAUAUCAGUAUUACUCCACCAAGCGGCAAAACUCCUCAAUGGGUCUGCACGAACAUGGAUAACUCUCUGCUUGAUAUCAACUGCAUUACGACAUAA